GCACACUCUCGCUCAGAGGUUCCCUGUUGAAAAAGAAAGGAGCCUGCCGUCCGGAGAGGAGUGCGAGUGGUGGGACCAGGCGCAAGUAGCCUUCUUUAUGUGCAAGAACCGGUCUGACGUUGACAUGAACAAGUUUAGUCUCAUCCACCAACCGCAGUUUCAAAAGAUCGUUCAAGACAUCAGGAAAAACGACGGCAGCUUACUGAAUAAACUAAGAAGCCUGAAAAGCAAACCACUCCCAAAGGUACCUGCGCGAGAUUACAGAGAUGAUGACAGGGAAAGUGACGAACAACUGUCGGAGCCCGAUUAUGAUAAUGAGACGUAUGAGGAUCCACGUGAGGACCUGGACGACAGCUACGAGCCUCCUCCCAGCCACAGAGUCUUCACCACAACUCCUUCUGCUUCCCUCCAAAGGGGGGAGUACCUUGACAGCUGCCGUAACCGGCCCAACAGGCCACCCAGGAAGCCCCUCUGCCCAGGCAAAGCCUCCAAAAAACUGCCCCCCGAACCCAUCCACAUGGGGAGCGAUGAAGAAGACUACGUCAAUCCAGACGUUAGUAAUGAUGAUGACAACUACAUAGAACCCGCAGAGAAUCCACCUGCCCAUCCUAUGAUGCACGGUGGGAGCAGAGCAGGGAGGGACCACCCCAUGCUGCCUACACCCUUACCAGAGCGUCCACAGAGUCCUGAUUUUUAUGAAGUUCCUGACAAAGAGGAGAACUCAUUAUCUCCUCCAGGAAGCAGACUGGGUCCAAUCGCCACAACACAGUCGCAUUCAUUACCACCGAAACCCAGCCCCAGAUUUAAUAUGAGGAGAUCUCCCCCACCUGUCCAGGAGCCCACAGGUGAAGAUGAAUAUGAAGUUUGUGACCCAGAUGACAGUUCCCAUAAUAAACCUGGAGAGGGUCCUCCUCCGCUUCUACCCAAACCUGUGCCCAAAGAGAGGUCCCCAAAACCACCUUUGAGGGCGAAGCCAGAUUUCAAAACGAGGGAAUUUGAAAGCCACACGAUGCCUGUGAUGAAACCAGACCACAAAACCCCUCCAAAAGCUUUUACACUGGACCUGAAACGACCGAAGAUUCCUCUUCCAGAGCUUACUUCUCUCAAACCAACUGACAGAGGAAGUGUUUCUGCAGAUAAUGGGUCGAUAGACAAAGAUAAGGAUGCAGAUCUCUAUAGGAAACCCUGGUAUGCCAGCGCAUGUGACCGCAAGACUGCUGACGAUUUUUUGGUUCGCUCAAAUAAAGACGGGGCGUUUAUGGUGAGGAAGAGCUCCGGUCAGGACGCACAGCAGCCCUACACAUUAGUGGUGUUUUACAAGGGCAGAGUGUACAACAUACCAAUCCGCUUUAUAACAAACACUCGGCAGUAUGCACUGGGAAGAGAGAAGAGAGGAGAGGAGUAUUUCAGCAGCGUCUCCCACAUCAUCGACAACCACCGGAGGAAUCCCCUGGUGCUGAUUGACAGCCAGAGCAACACAAAGGAUGCCACCAAACUGUGCCACCCUGUGAAGCCUUAGAUGACCUGGCAAACAGCCAAGUGAUCGGACACGUACAUCCCAGCCUGCUGUGUUUACUGUCAGACUGUUUACAGAACUGAUCAUGUGACCACCACCACCCCCCUUCGUAGUUAACUUGAGUUGCUGUCAACAGGACUGUACGCUGGCCUUGCCUGCAUUGCUGGCCAUGCAGAGCUGAAGUAGCACUGACUCAGAAGACUUUUUAACUUAUGUUUUAUUCAGAUAUCUCUUUAAUGCGCUAUCAGUAAACAGUGUACUAAAAUUAAUGCAAGGAAUGAGACAGUGUUGCUGUAGCAAAGGGAAGCAGAUAAACAAAUAAUUCAGUUAUGACAGCAGUACUUUGGAGGGCCACAAAAUGCAAGAUUUUAUAUUUUGUUUUAAUAAAACUCUUUUCUUGUGUUGUAUAACUCAAAUCACAUCUUCAGUCAUCACAAAAUACCACCAGGAACUGACAACAGCUUCAUUUAUUCUCUGGUCAACAAGUAAUGCUAUCAUACUCAUGCACAUUUGUUGCAUAACAAAAAAUCCUAGGCACUUGGUGAAAAUUCUCUGGUAAUAUUUAAAGUACCUCUAGCUGGACUAUAUACAAUUAUAAAUCUUUUAUCUAAAUUGAAAAAGUAUAUGUGCGUAAAUAUAUAUAUUU